AUGAUGGUCAAUUCUUAAUGAAAUUUAAUAAUUAUUUUGAUGAAUUAACCCUUAGUGGCCGUCAAAUUAAUAAGAAUAAGCCAAUUUGCGUAUUUGCUGAAUUUGCUGAAUUUCUCAUACUUUCCCUGGUGGCUAAACAGUGAAUUAAAAUUUCGUCAUUAGCCUUUUCCACUUCCACCAGGGCAACAUCAGGGACGGCCAGCCGACGGUCACCAUUUGCUGAACCGAAGAAAAAGGCUUGAUCAAGAGUGGUAGUAAAGAAUUACUAGAGAAGCCAUGAUAAACGUGGUGGCUCGUACGAGCAAUUUAGCUCCUUACCUAAAAUCAACGACACAGGUUGUUGCUUCUGGGUUAAAACCACUGGCUGCUCCUGUGCCUGUAGUAAGCGACAAAGUCAACUCUCAACCAGCACCAACGUACCUUACGAGCUAUUCUUUAAGUCAGCAGUUGCCUAAAGGAUAUGUAUCCGUGAAAUCAGGGGUGCCGGUUACCACCCAAAUAAGACAUGCCCACACAGAUAUCCAAAUUCCUGAUUUUUCUGCAUAUAGAAGGAGGGAUGUUCAAAACUCCAAUGUCUCAAGCCGAAACUCUGAAGAAUCUAGAAAAGCCUUUACCUACAUGAUUGUAGGAGGUGGUUCUAUAGUAUCAGCAUAUGCAGCAAAAACAUUGGUUGGAGAUUUUGUAAGUAGCAUGGGUGCAUCAGCAGAUGUUCUUGCUUUGGCCAAGAUUGAAAUCAAAUUAUCAGAUAUUCCUGAAGGGAAGAGUGUUACAUUUAAAUGGCGUGGAAAGCCAUUGUUUAUCAGACACAGGACUGCAAGCGAGAUUGACUCGGAACGAAAUGUUAAUGUUGCUUCAUUGCGAGAUCCUCAGCAUGACAACGAGAGAGUUCAGAAACCUCAGUGGCUUGUGUUGAUUGGUGUAUGCACACACUUGGGAUGCGUCCCUAUUGCUAAUGCAGGUGAUUAUGGAGGUUAUUACUGCCCUUGCCACGGCUCUCACUACGAUGCCUCUGGACGUAUUAGGAAAGGUCCUGCUCCUCUCAACUUGGAAGUUCCUUUCUACGAAUUCCCUGAUGACAAUCUUCUAAUAGUAGGGUAAUUUUAUUUGUUAUAUUGUUCGAGUACCUAAAUGGACUAGCUAACUUUGUAAGAUAAAAAUCCAAUGGACUUUAAAGAUGUAACUUAAUUAUGUACAGAAGUUUCUGAAUUAUUAAAGGAACUAUAUUAAUUAUUUGUGUUCUCUAUGGAAAAGAAAUAUCUUCAAAUUACAUUGUAGACCAUACAACUACUUGGUAUCUGGACAUCCUAACCUAUUUGAUCACAAUGUCACCUUUCUCCCUUUUUCUGAAAGUUCUAGUCAGUAACUUGAAUUGCAGAUAGAAUCCUUUAUGGGGAAAUCUAUAAAUUUCAUAAUGCUAAUGUGCUGUAUUUUGAAUUCUCCUCCCCCUGUAAUGUCAACAUGAAUGUGUGAUAAGAGUGUACCUCGUCAAUUGAGUUGGAAAAAGCUGUAGACUGGUUUUAAAUAUUUUCUAAAUCUAAAAGAUUCCAUCAGUAUAUUAACAUUGAUGAAAAAGUAUUUGCACAUUGAUACAAUUUAUGCAUUAUAGCUUUUUUAAUUGAAUUUGUUAAUAUUUUAAUGUUUUAGUGUAAGCCCAAAUAAAAGGAAUUAUUACUGCAACUAUUGAAAAAAGAUCUAAAGUUUUGUGUUGCAAAAUACAAAACUAUGCCCCCCUCCUCCCUUCCAUUACAUAGCAUGGCAUAGAGCUGCCUCAAACCCCCUCCUGACCCUCUAGCUUGAAAUAAUUUAUGGGUGAACUACAGGCGUGACUGAAAUAAAACAGGACAAAAAAGAAAAUGUUAACUAGUACAUCUCUAAAAUUAUAAUGCAAUAUGAACUGUGUGAGAGUAUUUUCCAUUAUGAAUUGGCAAAUUGAAUUAGACUGCUCAAAGGAGUUAUCGUUGUUGUUUGGCUCACUGUUCACAUUGUAUAAUUUUUUAUGAUAAUAAAUUUCAGUUCGUGACACUCA